UUUUUUUACUUUAAGCAUUACAUAUAGACAAUACUUUUUUAUUUUUACUCUUUCUCUAAAAUGGAAACAUCAAUUGUAAAGUCGCAGGCAUACGGCAAAGACCGAGUUCGGGUUGUUCGCGUAAUCCGGCACAGCUCCGGGCUCCAAGAGAUAGUGGACUACUCCGUCCUCUGUCUUCUCUCCGGCAGCGCUUUUGCUCCAUCAUACACCAAGGGCGACAACAGGCUGGUGAUAGCGACCGACUCCCAAAAGAACACAGUCUACUAUCUAGCCAAAACACUCCCCGCAGCCACCCUCCUUGUUCCAGAGCUCUUUGCCAUGGAGGUGGCAACCUUUAUGGUCCAAAAGUACAAGCAUGUGACGGAGUGCCGCGUCAAAGUCACCACACGGCCUUGGGAGCGGAUGCAGUUUGAGGGGGCUGCGCAUAGGCAUUCGUUUGUGAGGGAGGGAAAGGAGGUUAGGUGGGCAGAGGCUGUGAAUAAUGAAAGCAAUGGGUGCCGGGUAGUUGGCGGGUUCCUUGACUUGGAGGUUCUGAAGACAACGAACUCGUCGUUUACGGGGUUCUGGCGCGACGAACUGACGACACUGCCGGAGAUGGCGGACCGGAUGCUUUCGACCAAAGUUCAGUGCCAAUGGCAGUUCACAUUGCGCGACACCGCCCAACUCCGGCGCCUCCCUUAUGACUCGAUCUACCAGGGCGCGAAGCACCAUACCCUGGAUGUGUUUGCUAAUGAUGAGCGGUCCUGGGUGCAUGCGUCGGUGCAGAGCACCUUGUAUGUUAUGGCGGACCGUAUCUUGAGGCAGUUUGGCGUUGUGGAUGAUGUGUAUUAUGCGCUGCCGAAUAUACACUAUUUCCCGGUGGAUUUGGGCAAAUUGGGGCUUCGUAAUUUGGCUGAGGACGCCGAGGUGUAUAUGCCGCUGGCUGAUCCCUCGGGGCUGAUUACCGCGACAGUGUCGAGACCACCGGUGGAACGGAAGGCCAGGCUGUGAAGCAAAAUGGAGAGGUGUCGUCACCACCCCCAUUCGAGAUAAAAAUAAUCCUAAUUGAAAUCAUCCCAACGGGCCCUUGUCCCUUUUUUUAUUUCGUUUUUUUUAUUUGCUCGAUGGUGAUUUUGAUUCCGAGAAGGGGGGGGGGAGGGUGGUGGGUGUGUCGGUCAAUUGUUUGCUUCUUCGGUUCGUGGUUUCUUAUUUCCAUUUCUAUAUUAUUUCUUAAUUCAUUACAAGCUCUACCUUUAUUUUGCUGAAAUUCGAGAUGGCCACGAGCAAUGGCCAGGGCCGGGCAGCCAGCAGUAGCGACGCCAC